CCGAUCUCUGCCAUUCCUUCCGUUCCGCCAACGAGACUUUACACAGAUGUGUUUCAGGCGUGAUCAGUUGAGGUGGUGGGACUCCUCCGUUCGCACAGUGGGAUCAACUUAUUUCAAAGGAUCUAUCGUGCUCUAUUCGGACACCUUGAGUUCAAUGUAACAGGUACCGUAAGCAGCGUAGGUCAAGGUGAUCGGGGAGUUACUUUGUUGUAGAAUUGAGCCUAUUUAGUCGGGGUUUUAAACGCAGAAGAAAAUGCCUGUAGCUUCUCUUCUGCCUUUCACGGCCACUCCGAAUAGGAAGUCCGCCAGCCCGACCUCCUUCAGGCUCACGGAGAAAUUUAUCUUGCUUUUAGUGUUCAGCGCCUUUAUCACCCUGUGUUUCGGAGCUAUCUUCUUCUUGCCGGAUUCCUCUAAGCUGCUCAGCGGAGUUUUCUUCCGCUCGUCCUCGGUGGAGGCAGAGACGCGCACAGGUACGGUCAGUGACACGAGCACCGGGACGGGCAAGGAUGAGAAGAUCCUGGCCAAGAUUAGAAAAGACCACGAAAAGGCGCUGAUUGAGGCUAAGGACACCCUACAGAAACGGCCGGACGAGAUCAAGCAAGACAUUAUCAGCGACAAGGAGAAAGUUGCGCAAAAUGGACAGAUCAAAGGAGCGAAAGAUGACAGUUUGCCGUUCGUUCAGUACGUGCGGCCGCCUGGAGCAACAGGGCACGAGCCCGCGGAUCCUGACAUUAAAGCUAAAAGAGCCAAGAUAAAAGAGAUGAUGCAGUUUUCUUGGGACAAUUACAAGCGCUACGCCUGGGGCUCCAACGAGCUGCGUCCUGUCUCUAAGCAAGGCCACUCCAGCAAUUUGUUUGGUAGUCUCAAAGGAGCCACCAUUGUGGAUGCACUGGACACGCUCUACAUUAUGGAAAUGUAUGACGAAUUUGAUGCUGCUACCGAGUGGGUGGAAAGGAACCUAGACUUUAACAUGAAUGCCGAAAUCUCCGUCUUUGAAGUGAACAUCCGUUUUGUUGGAGGCCUGCUGUCCGCCUAUUAUCUCUCAGGCAAAGAGGUGUUCAGGAAAAAAGCUGUUGAACUAGGAGAGAAGCUGUUGCCAGCUUUUAAGACCCCGACUGGCAUUCCUUGGGCUCUCCUCAACCUAAAGAGUGGGAUCGGCAGAAACUGGCCAUGGGCGUCAGGAGGAAGCAGCAUUCUCGCUGAAUACGGGACACUGCAUUUGGAGUUCAUGCACCUCAGUGCACUUUCCGGGAGACCAGUUUUUGCUGAGAAGGUAAUGAACAUCAGAAAGGUGCUGAAUCGGCUAGACAAACCUCAAGGAUUGUACCCGAAUUAUCUGAACCCUAACAGUGGACAGUGGGGCCAGCAUCACGUCUCAGUUGGAGGCUUGGGGGACAGUUUCUACGAGUACCUGCUAAAGGCCUGGCUCAUGUCAGACAAAAGUGACGAGGAGGGAAAGAAGCUUUACUAUGAUGCCCUGCAGGCGAUUGAAAAGAAUUUGAUCCGAAAGUCAAGCGGAGGGUUGACGUAUAUCGCGGAAUGGAAAGGCGGACUCCUGGAGCAUAAGAUGGGUCACCUGACCUGCUUCGCCGGUGGUAUGAUCGCUUUAGGGGCAGACGGAGCUCCCGAUGAAAAGACUGGUCACCAGAUGGAACUCGCGGCUGAGAUCGCCCGCACGUGUCACGAGUCUUACUCACGAACAAGUAUGAAGCUGGGUCCCGAGGCGUUCCGUUUCGACGGCGGCGUGGAGGCCAUCGCCACUCGACAAAAUGAGAAGUACUUCAUCCUGAGGCCGGAGGUCAUCGAAACGUACAUGUACAUGUGGAGGUUCACCCACGACCCCAAGUAUAGGCAAUGGGGCUGGGAGGCGGUACAGGCUCUGGAGAAGUACUGCAGGGUGGAUGGGGGUUACAGCGGAGUAAGAGAUGUCUACGCCAACACUCCCAACCAUGAUGACGUGCAGCAGAGCUUCUACCUGGCUGAAACACUCAAGUAUUUGUAUCUCCUGUUCUCAGACGACGACCAUUUGCCCUUCGAUCACUGGGUGUUCAACACGGAGGCCCAUCCUCUUCCCGUCAUUAAGAAACAGAGCCCCGAGUUAGCCAACCAUCUCAAGUAAUCUUCAUCCCACCCUAAAGCACCACUGAAUCGUAACUUCCUGGACCUUCUUUAACAGUGGACAAGAGCUAUGGGUGCAAAACCCCUUUCGCUGGAGAGAUCCUGUCCUCCAGGACUUCUGCUGGAGUUUCAUGUGUUUCUCCACAGCCCUCUCUCCUCUGCCGUCUCUUCAUCGGGAUUCUGCAUGCUGCCCCUGUCCUCUCUCUCUCUCUCUCUCUCUCUCUCUGUUUCUGACACUAUGGACAUGUCUCUGAGCCUCAGAGACCCAGAAGGACCAUAUUUCCUCUGUGAGGAGACAAGACCAGAUCGUUUUCCAUCGUAUUUGCCCUCUCACACACUUUAUAAAGCCAUAGAUAACUCAAACUUGCAUCUAUGUCCUUUUUGUGUUUCUUGCGUCAUGUGCGUUUACAGAAGCGAAGAUAUGAGAUAUCCACCGAACUUCGCCGUCUCUUGCUGUCUGUUUCUUUCGGGGUGACGUUUGGUUCGGUAUUUCGAGGCUUUAUUCGACAGGUAGUGAAACCAAGUCAACUAGUGCCUUUUUAGUCUUACUGAUCAAUUUAGUCAAGUUUUAAUAGCAACGCUCUAUAUUUAUUUUCGCUCUGACCAAGAGCUUCAUCCUACCUGGCUUCAGCCCUCUUAACCCUGUCAUGGACAUAGGAAUCAGUGGUUUAUCAUUCAUUCCUCUACAUUCGUGAGCUUACUUUGUUAUAUAAAAUGUGUACAAAAUGUGUUUCAAUUGUUUACUUAAUCAACGGAGGCAGAGACUUUUUAUCCUAGACAUGUAAAAUAGAGUACUUUGUGUUAAUUUAUUCCUCAAGACGUAAGGUUCUUUGUCUUUUUUUCAUUGUGAAGGACAGAAAACUAUGGAGCCCCUAAUGGGAAAGAAAUUAAAUGAAAAAUAAUAGUUCGAUGCCUUUGCGUUCGUCAGCAAAACUAUUACGUUUCCCUGAGAAUCUUUGCUGUUGCCCGCAAAAGCAUUGAAUUAUAGUUUUUCCUCCCAUUCCAUAAUGAAAGUUUUGUAAAUGAACGAAGAAUUUCUUGGGGGAAUCGAAAAGUUUUGUAAGAGAACGCAAAAAAUUUUGAAGCGAACGCAAAAGUUUUGCGAGAGAACGCAAAAGCAUUGAAAUUGAAAUUUCCUCCCAUCUCUCUCUCUCUCUCUCUCUCUCUCUCUCUCUCUUUUUUUACUAUCACAGUGUCCCUUUAGGGGCUCUGUAGGAAACAGCGAUGAAGCUGCUCAAAUCCAUUGGGAACGUUUUAUCAGGACACGGGCAGCAUUAGUCAAAAAGGGGAGUGAAUAUGUGUAUGAAUGUACCACCAAAUGUGAAUUGAACAUACUUUGGCCUAGUUGUUGUGAUUUUAUCAUUUUAUCUGUUUCUUUCUUUUGAUUUAACAUGAAAGCACAAAGUUUUGAAUCAGUAUAUUCGGGUUCUCCAUGUAGAAAUGAAUAGGAAUAUUACUGUAGGACAAUGUGACAGCACAAGUAAAGAAUUUCGAUGGAAAAAGAUGCAAACCAAUGAAUGCAAAGCAGUCCACGGCACUGGAUACAACACACACGGGAAACGAAUGAGAAAAAAAAUUGGUGUGCAUAUAUAUCACUACAUCUAUUACACAUUACAUAGCCACAUUCCAGUUCAUGGAAUUCCCAUCAUAUUGGUAUGUUUUUUGGAAAAUGACACUUUAAGCUUGAGGUUUGAGUGGCAGGAUGUGAUGUGAUUGACUGAAGGUUUGUUGCUAGCGUCUACAUUUUGGCAGUGUUUCCAAAAAAAACGAAACCACCCUGCUUAACUAGUACGGCGUGGUGCUUUGACCAAUGUAUUACACUCCUGGAUCUACAUGGGGAAAAAAAACCUCGCAGAGGUUCCUCUCUAGAGGCCAGCGACUGCAACACUUGACGUGGUAUUCUCUGCUAUAUGUGCGCUAGCAAACGGCGUACUAGGAACCGUGAUAUAUGAAAGUAAUGUCAUCUCGAGGAAGGCCCAUCAUAAAACACUGUGACACUGUAGAUAAGACAUCGCGUUCACUGUAUUCAUGAUACUGCGAAUCCAAACGAUGUUUAGCACUGCCGCGGCUUAGCGCGGACUAGCGCUUUGUGCUGUCUCUGUAGUGAAAGUGAUUCCUCAAGCUGUGACUGAGAAUCCGCAGCGACAGUAGGGAACAGACGUUUCCUCGCAGAAUAGGAGAUGUGCUUUUCAGAUUUAAAAAUUUGUCGUUUAAAUAUUGUGUUGAUGAUCUUGCAUAGAAAAUGCCUUUUUUCGUUUUUGUGAUUCUUGUCGUUUGUUAUUUCUUCAUGAGACAACCUCAGAAAUGUAACUGUACAAUAUUGCUGAUAAUCAUUCCAUUGCACAUGAGUCUGAUUUGUUUUGUUUUUUCUUUAAUAUAUAUGCAAUUAAUUUUGUGGGAAAUUGUUUGGUUUUAUUUCUUUUUCUUUAAUUCGUUUUUUUUUUUUUUUUUAAAUUGUACAUAUUUCAUUCUGGCAAACUGCCAGCCAUCAUUUAUAUAAAUCUUAUGAUCUUAUCAUGUAAUAAAUUAUAUUAAAGAGCAGCAAAAGUUUUUGAUAAACUAUAUUUGUUACACUUCAAUUGUGAAUAAAACAAUCUUUUAAUAUAA